GUCAAAGACCAGCUUUGGCAUUACUUUACAAUUUUCGGAAUAUAUCAACCACUGCGGCCUGGCAGCUAGUACCGUGAUUUGCAAGAAUUCUGAGCCACGAAUAUUCAGGAACAUUCCAGUGACUAGUUCGGCCAGUAUAUAAACCGGCCGCCGCUUCAGUUGCACUUGUACAAGCAAGCGAACGAGCGAGCCAACUACGACGCAGUAGUCGAGGGUCCAAAAUUUAGUUUCGACAAACAACAAAUUCGUUGCAAAUAAUCAAACGAGUAUAAAUUACCGAAGAAAAUAUUCGAAAAAUAUUGUGAAAAUGCCGGAAAAGUUGUUGAAAAUCACCUACCAGGGCGCAGGACCGCAGAAGAAGCUGAAUGCAUAUUUGCGUAUGCCAUCGCAGAAUUACACCAUACUGCGCCGCGAAAUCGACCUGUAUUUGUUCCAGGAACGGCAGCUGCCCAAAUGCGAGAUCAGGACCUUUUGGAUUGACACUGAUAAUGAUGAAAUUGAGAUUGUCAACCAGAAUGACUAUGAGAUUUUCCUGGCCAAAUGCGAGAACAACAUGCAUGUCCAGAUCGCUCCCAUCCAGGAGGAGCCGCAGCAACCGAAGCAGGCUACUAAGCAAGAGUCUGCUGCUCCGUCGGCCGACGAUCCUAGCAAUUUCAUCAUCCAUGACAACGUCGAGUGCGACGCUUGCGGUGUGGCCCCAAUAGUGGGCUUCCGUUACAAGUGCGUCCAGUGCAGCAACUUUGAUCUGUGCCAGCAGUGCGAGGCGGCGCACAAGCAUCCCGAGCACCUGAUGGUCCGCAUGCCUACCAACGAUGGACCCAAUGUAGUUGAGGCCUGGCUCACUGGGCCGAAUCCAUGGGGAGGACGUCGCUGUGGACGCCGCUCCAAGGGUCACUGCCCGUUCGACCCAACCCAGUCGGCUGGCGCUCCGGCUGGAGAUUCUGCCCGCGACAGUCGACGUGAGCGUCGUCAUGCUCGUCGUCACGGCGGCGGCGUCUUGUCUCAGUUUGUUGAGAUGAUGACCAACUUGCCGCUCAACGAACCUACGACCACAGCAUCGGCUGUGCCGCAGCAGCCCAAGGCAGCAGAUGCUUCCAAAGCGGAGCCCACUGUAACCGCACAGAAGGCAGCAGAGACCGAAGCCCAGACUAAUGGAAAGGAGAAAACCACUGAGGCAUCAACACAGGAGCCACCGACUGCUCCGACCCAAGGAAGCACUCCCACUACUCCAGUGAUCAACCUGGAGAACUUGUCCCAGAUGGUGCCCCCCGAAUACAUGCGUGCUGGCAUCGAGAUCCUGAACAAUUUCAGCGAAAUGUUCGCCAAAAUGAUCGAUCCCACUGAGUCGCCCGCUCCCUCUAUGGCCUCUAGUGCUGGGACAACUAAACCAGCUGAGAAGGAUCAAUUUGGCGGCCAGUCGCCGGCAUCUUCUGCUAGCCAAUCAAAGACUCCUUCUGUAAACCCAUCGGGGGCUCCCUCUGUGGCUGAAUCUUUCUCGGAGACUGCUUCCCUUGAGACCGAGCCAUUGCUACCCAAGACAACAACAGAUGGAACUGCAGUGGCAGAAGCUUUGGUGGCCAGCGAGCCGGAGAGUCGUCGGUCGGACAGCUUGGACCAGGACUGGCAGGUUAUCGAUAAUGCAUAUUCCGCCAACAACACCAACAGCGCCAACACUGACGCCCUGAUCAAUCUGGAUCAGUCGAUCAAUCCCCCAACUGCUGCUCCCCAGCAGCCGGUGCGCGACUUUGGUCAACUGGGCGAACUAUUGCGCCAACACAUGAACGAGGAGGCUCGCGUUGAGCAGGCAGCAGCCAACACUCAGACCGCUCAGGUGGAUACUGUUAGUACGUCCACCUCGACCACAUCGGUGACCACCAACAGUGUUGGCACCUCGCCGGCUGCUCCCGAAGAGAAGCGCAGCGUGCCUGUCUAUCACACAGAUGAACGCAUCAACUCUGCUAUCCAUGCCAUGAUGGCCAUGGGUUUCAGCAACGAGGGCGCCUGGCUUACCCAGCUGCUGGAGUCGGUCCAGGGCAAUAUCCCAGCCGCUCUGGACAUCAUGCACGUCUCGCAGAACCGCAACUAAAGAUGCGUUUUCAAUAAACAUAAAUAUAUAUCUACUAUGUAUCUUCAAUAUUCCUAAGGCCCCCCCCUAUGAAAUGCGGGAAUUUAUUUUAUGUUUUCAAUUUGCUUUAUGUAGUUUUAGUUCAUUUUUCCGUGGUGAUUGUAUAAUCCCGGUAACCGAAAAAAAACAUGUAUGUAUUUUACGUUUCUAAUAAUCAAAGGAAAGGCAUAAGUAUAUGUAUGCAAUGUAUAAUCGAUGUGAGAAAACAAUAAAGGCACAAAGUUUAAAGCUUA